AUGUGGGUAAAGGAGUCUAAUUAUCAAUUAAAACUUGCAAAUCAAAUUUUCUUGUUCGUCAAUAUCUUCAUGAGUAUCGCAUGGAUCUUGUCUUGCUUCAUUCUAUUUUACUUCCAAUCAUCAUUCCUUCUGGAACUAAAUUUUCCUUUAAUAUGCUUUGCUAUUGGGUUCCCUAUGGAAACUUUAAGAUUAUAUUUAGGAUAUUCUGGAAAUAUCAAAAACAAUGUUCUUGAUAUUGCCGGAUUUCUUAUCCUCACAACUUUCAUCGAGCUUCCAAUUCACAUCUAUCUUUUAAUAUCACUUCAAGAUAUGUUACAUCGAAUUGGUUUUAUAAUUCAAUGUGCACAACUUAUUCUACUGCCGUUUGAAAUUGUUUUGAAUUUUAUAAUUCUUCGCUACUCAUUGCAUGAAAGAAAUCUACAAUUUCAAAUGAUGUACUCAAAUGACAUUAAAAUGCAAUAA